GAAAUACAUCGUUCCCUGCCGGACCCUCGGAGUGUAACAUCGAGCGGUGAGUGUAGUGGGUAAGUCCAAAUAAAGUCACCACUAACGGAGCGACGAUGUCUUCGGUUCAGCAUCUGAAAGAGUUCAUCUCCCAGCGACUGACCGCUGCUGCUGUGGAAAUAUUCGGAGCCUUUGAACAAACCAUCGUCGAGUACGAAGAAGAGCUCGACCGUCAGCGCAGACUGUUGGACGCUGUGUUGAAACCUGAAAUCAAACUCCACAGGAUAGCGAUUCCAGAUGAGUGUGAGGAAGAGGAGGUUCCCACUCACCUGCAGAUCUCUCAUCACGUUAAAAAAAAUAGUCAGGAUGAAGAUGAUCCAAAUCUUCCUCUAAUAAAAGAGGAACACGAGGAACCACACAGCAGUGAGGAAGGAGAGACGCUUGUUCUGAAGCAGGAGUCAGAUAAUGUGAUGAGUUCAGCAUACGAGGACAAUGCAGCAGAAGCAAAUGGUGACAGUCAGCUCCUCUCUCACAGCUCUCUUGUCACCCUCCACGUAGACAACUCUGCUAUAGUAGAGAGUCCCACAAAUAAAAAGACUUUUAUAUGUACCACUUGUAAUAGAAGCUUUAAGGGUAAAGGUGCAUUACAGACCCAUAUGAAAACCCACACGGAGCAACCUCCGAUAUGUAACACAUGUGGAAAGAGAUUUCGUUAUUUAUCAAAGUUAAAAGUACAUGAGAGUAUCCACACAGGUGAGAAGCCAUUCCUCUGCAAAACCUGUGGGAAACGAUUUAGACUGAAAAACUGUCUGGAAGAUCAUGUUAGGAUUCACACAGGUGAAAAGCCAUUCCCAUGUAAAACCUGUGGGAAAUGGUUUAGACUGAAAAGGUGUCUAGAAGAUCAUCUAAGGAUUCACACAGGUGAAAAACCAUUUCCCUGUAAAACCUGUGGGAAAUGGUUUAGACUGAAAAACAGUCUGGAAGAUCAUCUAAGGAUUCACACAGGUGAAAAACCAUUUCCCUGUAAAAUCUGUGGGAAACGGUUUAGAACAAAGUCACAUGUAAGAAGUCAUCUGAGGAUUCACACAGGUGAGAAGCCACAUGCAUGCAAAAGAUGUGGGAAACACUACAGUACUGGCAGCAUCUUGAGAGUCCACAUUAGAAGAGUUCACACAGGCAACACACUGUACCGCUGUCACAUCUGUGACAACGGCUUCAGUGAAUCUAGGACUCUGAAGCAACACAUGAUGGUGCACACAGGUGAAAGCCCUGUUCUUGUGCAGCAUGAGGAUAAAGCUUUACAGGUGGUAAAACCUUGUUGAACCACAUGAGGUCUCACACAGUUCUGUGUGGGACUGUGCAAAAGGUCACAAACGGGAUGGCGUUGUGUUUGGGCAGAUUGUCUUUUCCUAAUUGCCUAAUAAUAAAAUGAUUUGUCAUGAG